ACCCUCUCCACCUCUCCCGCGUUCUCCUUCUCUCUGACCAAAACACGCUUUUUUACUUCUAAAAUAUCUUUAGAGUCCAAAACAAGCAUUCUCUCUCUCUCUCAACCAAAACGGACAUCUCACCAGUUUCCUUUAUUCGUUCGCUCAGAACCAAAACAAACGCCUGUUUUUCUUCGCUUCAAAAGAAGCCUCUCUCUCUCUCUCUCUCUCUUGCACUCUUUACUCCUUUUCCAAUUUCCUUUUCCACUUUACCACCAAAGCAAACAGCUUUACUCUUCCCUUAAAUACCCAGCAAAUUAUCUACCUCUCUCUUCCUCAUUCCCUUCUCUGUAUCUGUGACGCAGACACGCGUACGCGCACCAUGACAGACAGGGUCUAUCCCUCUUCCAAGCCCGCCACCAACGGUGCUGCUCCCGCCCCCAACGGCACCUUCCCUGCCACCAAGUCACAACUCUACGGCGCCAAUCGUCCCCCCUACCGCCCCCAACCCCACCACCGCCGUCGCCACGGCCGUAGCUGCUGGUGCUCCUGCUGCCUCUGGCUCACCCUCACCUUCUUCUUUCUCAUCCUCCUCGUCGCUAUCGCUGGCGCUAUCUUCUACGUCGUCUACAGCCCCCACCGCCCGGCUUUCUCUGUCACCAGCCUCAAAUUCUCCUACCUCAAUGUCACCUCCUCUUCCACUCUCAACUCAAAGUUCGACCUCAGCAUCGCCGCCAAGAACCCUAACAAGAAACUCGUCUACACCUACGACCCCAUCGCCAUCUCUAUACUAUCCAACGAUAUAGAUAUCGGCGAGGGAACUGUACCCUCCUUCGUGCAUGGCAAAAAGAACACGACCCUUUUGAAGUCUGUCAUUACGAGCAGUGGCAGUCAGCUGGACAGUGAUUCUGCUUCUACUUUAAAGACCGACGUGAAGAGUAAGAACAGUCUGUCCUUGAAGAUAGAGCUCGACACGAAAGUUAAGGCCAAGAUGGGAGGGUUCAAUUCUCCAAAGAUUGGAAUCAGAGUUUCUUGCGAUGGCAUUAAAGCUACUGUUCCUACUGGGAAGACGGCGGCGACAGCUUCCACUUCGAACUCCAAAUGUGAGGUUGAUAUCAGAAUCAAGAUCUGGAAAUGGACUUUCUAAGGGCAGCAAGGGAGAGAACAAGAAGGUGUGAAUUUUUUGUUUUUUGUAAUUUUCUAUUAUUCUUUUGCCUUACUUCCCCCCCCCCCCCCCCCCCCCCCCCCCCCCUGUGAUUAUGUAAAAUAUGGAAGGAUGAUUGGGGAGUUGAUCGGAUUGUAUUAGGAGAGACACUUUUUUCCUCAAAAAGUCUGUUUUUGAUUGUUAAAUAAUACCUGGAGAAUUUAUCUUA